AUGGCCUCUCCGAUUAGUUGCCUAUCAAUCUUGGUAAUCCCUCUACUAGUCACCUCUCUUUUCUACCAAGUUUCUAAUGCAGAUCGAGCCCUUGUUGAAAGCAUUUGCCACAAUUCCACGGACUAUGAGUUUUGCUUGUCAUCUUUACUUUCAGACGAACGUAGCAUUAAAUCUGCUUUACCUACGCUGGAACUCAUUUCUAUUGAAUUAAACUUGAAAGUAAUAGCAGUUGCCGUUAAUCGAAUUCCAGAUGUUCGUAAAACACUCACAGACCCAGUGGAUAAGACUCGACUUCAGAAUUGCGAAAGCGAUAUUGGUGAUGCACACGAGAAUAUGCUUCGUGCAAGUGACGGUGCGGGUUUUCAAAAUUAUGAUAAAGCUCAAACUUCACUUACGGCUGCACUUCUGAAAAUUGGAGAAUGUAGUGAUGAAUAUGAGAGCUCCCCAAAACGUCAAUCACCACUAUCAGAUCUCACUUUCAAAAUGGGGAGGCUAAUCGAUAUUUCUUAUGUUAUAAUUAAUAAGAUAUUGCCAGUGUAA